AUGGUGAAGGCACGCAAAAUCGUACUCGCCAGAGACUUCCAGGGAGAGCCUCGACCUGCGGACUUCCGAGUCGAGGAGGAGGACCUGCCGCCUGUCAAGGAUGGACAGAUCCUGGCCGAGGCUGUUUACUUCAGCGUCGACCCCUUCCAGAGGGCGCACAGGGCAACGCACAAAGUGGGAGACACCAUGGUAGCAGCCCAGGUGGCGCGCAUUGUGGAGAGCCGGGCUGCUGGUUUCCCGGUGGGUCGCCACGUGGUGGGCUACUGGGGAUGGCGCGACCGCACCGUGGCCGACGUGGGGCCCAGCGCAGAGUUCCCCAUCCACAUGUCGCCGCCCAUGCUGGCUCCAGAGCUGGGGGAUCUGCCAGUAUCCCUGUCCUUGGGAGUGCUCGGUAUGCCUGGAAUCAGCGGCUACUUCCCGCUGCUGGAUGUCCUCAAGCCCAAGGCGGGAGAGGUGGUCGCGGUCAGUGGCGCUGCGGGCGCUGUGGGCAGCAUAGUGGGGCAGAUAGCGCUCAUCAAGGGAUGCACUGUCAUCGGCUUCGCUGGAUCUGACGCCAAGGUGAAAUGGCUGAAAGACGACCUGGGCUUUCACCACGCUUUUAACUACAAGACGACAGACGUGUCCACCGCCCUCAAGCAGGCUGCCCCAGACGGCGUCGACGUGUACUUCGACAACGUGGGAGGAGACAUGAGCACUAAGAUCAUCAGCAACAUGCGCUACCGUGGCCGCAUCGCUAUUAUUGGCGGCAUCUCCCAGUACAACGAAUCAGAGAUCCAAAAACUGGUCACUCUGCCGUUUUCAUUUUUAGCCAAUCAGCUGCGGAUUGAGGGCUGCGCUUAUUCGCGAUGGCACGACCGGUGGGACGAGGGCAUCAGCCAGCUGACGCAGUGGGUCAGAGAGGGGAAACUCAAGUACAGGGAGACGGUGACCGACGGCUUCCACAACGCUCCAAAAGCCUUCAUCGGUAUGCUGCGAGGUGAAAAUUUUGGGAAAGCUGUUGUCAAAUUGUGAAAAUGCUCUUGUAGUAGAUGAGGAUACCAGAGCAAAUACAGAGACAGUUUCCUUGAACUUUAAAUAAAGAAAACAUAAAAUGUAAAGUGCACGAUUUAGCUCAACUAUUCCGCUAGAAGUUACGUCUCUAAUACUUUAAUUUCGAAACAUCAUCAUUUGCAGUUUUAGAGAAAUAGUAAUAAUUGUACUAUCAGUAUCCUAUCGUAUGUGAUUUGAAUAAAGUUUAUUUGUCAACGUGUAAA